UCUAUGCAGGACAGCACGGAGCAGGGCCAAAUGGUUCGAUGAAAACAAGUAAAAUUCUGUUGAAAGUCACUAAGUAAAAUACUACAACAAUUGGUAAACGUAUUGAAAAAUAUUUUAGAAUUUUUUGCUAUAAAAUUUAGUAAGUGAAAAAAAAAUAAAAAAUUAAGUAAAUAACCAAUUUUGGGCGGCCUGAGCCAAAAAACAAAAUCAGCUGCCUGGGCGCAAAGGCUUCAGCUGACAUUUCCAAUGCGCCGACUCGAGAAUCAGGCAGCAGCAGCAGCAGCAGCGAGACUUGGAGACUUGUAAACACUUUUAGGCCAUGUGCUAAAAGCUGAAAGCCAGCUACUCGCUCUGCCCCACGAACUGCGUCAGAGAUUGAGCCAGACCAGGCAGAAAGGUAAACAAAAACCUGUGCGCGUGUUUGCAUCCAUAAAACACCGGCCGCUCGCAAUCGUCAAGGCCUUCUGUCCGCCGUGACGUCACCAUGGCUGGCUGCUGCACACUCACACGCCCCCCCGCCCUCCUCGCCCACUUCUGGCGUCACUGCAAGCCGCUCUGCCUCCUCUUGGUCCUUCUGCUCCUCUGCGAAACGGUCCAGGCAAAUCCCGAUGCCAAGCGACUGUACGACGAUCUGCUGAGCAACUACAACCGCCUCAUCCGCCCCGUGAGCAAUAACACCGACACGGUGCUGGUCAAGUUGGGCCUCCGGCUGUCGCAACUCAUCGAUUUGAAUCUCAAAGAUCAAAUUCUAACGACCAACGUGUGGCUGGAGCACGAAUGGCAGGAUCAUAAAUUCAAGUGGGAUCCCUCGGAGUACGGCGGCGUCACAGAGCUUUAUGUGCCCUCCGAGCACAUCUGGCUGCCCGACAUUGUGCUCUACAACAAUGCCGAUGGCGAAUAUGUGGUCACCACUAUGACAAAGGCAAUCCUUCACUACACCGGCAAAGUGGUGUGGACUCCGCCGGCCAUUUUCAAGUCCAGCUGCGAGAUUGAUGUGCGCUACUUUCCCUUCGAUCAGCAGACCUGCUUCAUGAAGUUCGGUUCCUGGACCUACGAUGGUGAUCAGAUCGAUUUGAAGCACAUCAGCCAGAAGAACGACAAGGACAAUAAGGUGGAGAUUGGCAUCGACCUGCGCGAGUACUAUCCCAGUGUGGAGUGGGACAUCCUCGGCGUUCCGGCGGAGCGGCACGAGAAGUACUAUCCGUGCUGUGCGGAGCCGUAUCCGGAUAUCUUCUUCAAUAUCACCCUGAGGCGGAAGACACUCUUCUACACCGUCAACCUGAUCAUUCCCUGCGUAGGCAUCUCCUACCUUUCGGUGCUGGUCUUUUACCUGCCCGCCGAUUCCGGCGAGAAGAUUGCCCUCUGCAUUAGCAUCCUGCUUUCGCAGACCAUGUUCUUCCUGCUCAUAUCAGAGAUUAUACCCUCAACUUCCCUGGCACUGCCGCUCCUGGGAAAGUACCUGCUGUUCACCAUGUUGCUGGUGGGGCUGAGUGUCGUCAUCACGAUUAUCAUACUGAACAUACACUACCGCAAGCCGAGCACCCACAAAAUGAGGCCCUGGAUCCGGUCGUUCUUCAUCAAGCGGCUGCCCAAGCUCCUGCUGAUGCGGGUGCCCAAGGACCUGCUGCGCGACCUGGCGGCCAACAAGAUCAACUACGGCCUCAAGUUCAGCAAGACCAAGUUCGGACAGGCGCUGAUGGACGAGAUGCAAAUGAACUCCGGCGGCUCCAGUCCGGACUCCCUACGGCGCAUGCAAGGUCGAGUGGGGGCGGGCGGGUGCAAUGGCAUGCACGUGACCACUGCCACGAACAGAUUUAGCGGCCUGGUGGGAGCUUUGGGUGGCGGUCUGAGCACCCUGAGCGGCUACAACGGACUGCCAUCGGUGCUGUCCGGACUGGACGACUCUUUAAGCGAUGUGGCCGCACGCAAAAAGUAUCCUUUCGAGCUGGAAAAGGCCAUCCAUAACGUCAUGUUCAUACAGCAUCACAUGCAGCGCCAGGACGAGUUCAAUGCGGAAGACCAGGACUGGGGCUUUGUGGCCAUGGUCAUGGAUCGUCUGUUCCUCUGGCUCUUCAUGAUCGCAUCCUUGGUGGGCACCUUUGUGAUCCUGGGCGAGGCUCCGUCGCUUUACGACGAUACCAAGGCCAUUGAUGUUCAGCUAUCCGACGUUGCCAAGCAAAUCUACAAUCUAACCGAGAAGAAGAAUUAAAUUCAAGACAACAUAAACUUAAGACAAUUUCCUAGUUUAAUGCAGUGUUUCAGCAAAUUGAUGCGAAUGAAAAUUAAAAUACGUUAUAAUAAAAAUGUUGGCCCGAGAGCAGCCAAGCAAAA